UUUCCAACUUCCCAUCGUCCCAUUUCCGACAUGGCGUAGAGAAGAGGCAACGCAGCGGGCUGGCAUUGUAGCGGAAAAGUUGAUAAAGUACAGGGAUUUCGUUAUUUCAGUAGGAGGAUAUAUAAACAGUUGGAAGUUAUAACUAGGAUUCAAGCAAAGUUUCGGGUGCCCACUGAGUGUUGAAGAUGAUGUCUGAUGCCAGUGACAUGUUGGCAGCAGCCUUGGAGCAGAUGGAUGGGAUAAUCGCAGGCUCUAAGGCUAUGGACUACUCCAACGGGCUGUUUGACUGCCAGUCGCCCACCUCUCCCUUCAUGGGCAGCCUGCGGGCGCUGAACCUGCUGGAGGACCUCCGGGGCGUACUGGAGCUGAUGGACACAGAGGAGAGGGAGGGCCUGCGCUGCCAGAUCCCUGACGCCACCGCAGACAGCCUGGUGGACUGGCUGCAGCAGGGACACCUGAUGUCCAAUGGUCACCACAUCUCCAUGGGUGGGGACCUCUACCAGGAGAGACUGUCUCGGCUGGAGGGUGACAAGGAAUCCCUGGUGCUUCAGGUGAGUGUGUUGACAGACCAGGUGGAGGCGCAGGGGGAGAAGAUAAGGGACUUGGACAUGUGUUUGGAAGAACACCGGGAGAAACUGAACGCCACUGAGGAGAUGCUGCAACAGGAACUCCUGUGCAGAACGGCUCUAGAGACUCAGAAACAGGACCUGCUGGCUGAGGUGUCCAACCUGAAGCUGAACUCAUUUGAGAAGGACAGACUGCACUUUGACUUCAGCGACAAUGAGGACAUGGUUCUGGAGAUGAAUGAACUGAGGUACAGAGUGACCGAGAUGGAGAGUGAAAGACUACAGUAUGAGAAGAAACUGAAAUCCACUAAGGAGGAGCUGGCAAUGCUGAGGAGGCAUCUGGAGGGAAGGGACGGAGAGCUGAGGAGGUUACACGGCGAGACUGGGUUCAGAGGCAUCACACCGGUUGGAAUGGACAGUGGAGACAGAGUCUCUCACCCAGAUGAAACUCUUAAAUUGAGGCUGAAAGAGAAACAUGUGGAAGUGCAGAGAAUGAAAAAAGCAGUGGAAUCACUGAUGGCAGCCAAUGAGGAGAAGGAUCGUAAAAUUGAGGAGUUGAGGCAGUCGCUGCUGCGCUACAAAAAGGUCCAGGACAGGAGUUCAAUGCAAGGGAAGAAAGAGAAAACCCAAGACGGCGAGAGUGACGAGAGUAACAGCGACAGCUCCCUCUCCGUGAUGUCAACGACAACCACCCUGGUAGCCAUGGAGUUGGAAAAGCACGCUCUAGCCGGAGACGAGGAAGUAGCAGGGAAAAGCCCAGACGAGCUGGAGAUGCACUAUGGAGCUACUGAAGUGUCUUCGCCCACACCCAGCCCUUCAGUCCAGUCAGCAUGCGAUCCAAAAAGUGGUCCAGAGCUGGACCAACCUGAACCGGAGAGCGAGGCAGGGGGCCAGGAAGAGCCACAGGAGGCCCCCCUUUCAAGUGAUACUCCACAGACCCUGGAUAGCCCCAAUUCAGGGAGUCAGGACAACUUGUAUGUCAGCAACAGCGAAAAGCUCUUUUCUGCUACUGUUCAGAAUAAGGCUGUGGAGGAGAUCAGUAAGAUCAGCGAGCGCCCGCCCAAGUCUCCCUCUUCGCCUCACCCCGUGACCACGGAGGAUGACCGCUUCGGUAACAAGAAGGCUCGCUCCUCCUUCGGCCGGGGCUUCUUUAAGAUCAAGGGAGGCAAGAGGACAGCCAGCACCCCUAACCUGGAUCGCAGCCGGAGUGCGAGUGCGCCUAUGCUAGCUGAGACUGAGCGAGAGGAGGGCACUGACCAUCUGGACCUGGCCGGUCUACCCCAGAGGUCAGCCAACAGCGACAGCACCAACACACUGACCAGUGUGACCUCCACUACAUCCCCCGAGUGCAAGAAGAAGUCCAAGGGAAUCAAGGGACUCUUUGGAAAGCUGAGGAGAAGUCAGUCCACCACGUUCAACCUGGAUGACAACCUAUCAGAGGCGGUCGAGUUCAAGAGAGGCGGAGUCCGAGCCACAGCAGGUCCCAGACUGGGCUGGUCCCGUGACCUACAGCGAUUACCCAAGAAUGACCUGGACACCCCGUUUGCCCGCUGGUCCAAGGAGCAGGUGUGUGACUGGCUGCAGGAGCAGGGGCUGGGGCUCUACCUGAACAUGGCCCGCGUGUGGAUCUCUUCUGGACAGACUCUGCUGCAGGGCUCACAGCAGGACCUAGAGAGGGAGCUGGGCAUUAAACACCCGCUGCACAGGAAGAAGCUCCAGCUGGCCCUGCAGGCCCUGGGCUCUGAGGAGGAUGACAACAAGGGCAAACUGGACUACAACUGGGUGACCAGGUGGCUGGAUGACAUUGGCCUGCCUCAGUAUAAGACUCAGUUUGAUGAGGGGAGGGUGGACGGCCGCAUGCUACACUACAUGACAGUAGAUGACCUGCUAUCUCUGAAGGUGGGCAGUGUGCUCCACCACCUCAGCAUCAAGAGAGCCAUUCAGGUGCUGCGCCUCAACAACUACGAGCCCAACUGCCUGCGCCGACGGCCCUCCGACGAGAACAACAUCACGCCGGCAGAGAUCUCCCAGUGGACCAAUCACAGAGUGAUGGAGUGGCUGAGAUCAGUGGACCUGGCGGAGUACGCCCCCAACCUGAGGGGCAGCGGCGUUCACGGGGGACUCAUGGUGCUGGAGCCACGGUUCAACGUGGAAACUAUGGCCCUGCUGCUGAACAUUCCCCCCAACAAGACCCUGCUGCGGAGGCACCUGGCCACCCACUUCAACCUGCUAGUAGGCUCUGAGGCCCAGGGGCUCAAACAGGAUUGUCUGGAGAAUCCCGACUACACCCUGCUCACUGCCACCGCCAAGGUCAAGCCGAGGAAGAUGUCGUUCGGGAGCUUCGGCAGCCUGAGGAAGAAGAGGCAGGAUGACAGUGAGGAGUAUGUCUGCCCCAUGGACGUGGAGAUGCCAAAGGGACGUAGCUUCCAGAAAGGCUAUGAGCUUCAGCUCUACGAGGACGACAUUGACCGGCUAGAGCAGAUGGAGGACUCAGAGGGAACUGUGAGGCAGAUCGGAGCGUUCUCCGAGGGCAUCCAAAACUUGACGAGCAUGCUGAAAGACGAUGAAUUUUUCAAAGAGCUCUCCAACUCACCCAACCCCAGCAUAACAGAUGACGAUUCCAACAUGUGACGCUGACCGUCGCCAUGUGACCCUGUUCCCUAGUGCCGUUGUGAACGAAACAUUCUCCACUAGCAGACCAGGAUUCAAAUACUAUUUGAAAUCAUUUCAAAUACUUCAGCUGUGCUUGUUUGAGCUUGCCUGUUGGAAUACAAUGGGAAUAGAAAAGUCUGCCCAUCUAGCACUCCAGGCAGGCUAAAGCAAACGCUCAACGGAUUUCAACCCGGGUCCUCCACUAGCACACACUCCAGAGUCCACCGUAACCCCUAUAACCCUCGCAGAGCAAGCACCAGAACUCCUUUUAGUAUUUUAGAUGAGGUAUAAAAAAUCUAUAUUUUAAAGAAAUUCAAGACCAUGUCUGAUGUCAUGUGAACUGUUUUUGUAAGGUGCCAAUCCAUUUUAACAGACCUAUUGGGAGAGGAUUUAUUUCAGAGCAAUACGCCACCAUAGUUUGCCUACCAGCUGGAUACUGGAGACAUUUGUAAUCCUUGUUUGUAUACUGGCCAUCUUUCUGUGGAAUUAAGUAUUAAAGUGAGCCAUAUCAAUAUCUCAUACUUUUUUUACAGUAAGAUGUACUGUAGGACUAUUGCAAAUUCUAAUAUAUAAUUUUAAAGAAUAUGCUUGGCUUUUGAAUGAACUUACUGACAGUUGAAAAAUAACGGUAUAUGCUGUGCAGAUUUGCCAAAGUUAAGUGGUAUGCCCCAAAACAGUUGAUAUGGUUUAUGCAGAAAACCAGGCUAUUAGCUGCAUCAUUUCUAUACUUUCAACAUAUCGCGCCAUAUCCUAGACACUCCCAGUAAUGGUGUUUCUUUGCAUGCAUUGGCACCGAUACCGUACUGUAUGUAUUUUAGUACAAUACACAGUUCAAUGCAAAUGAUUCCUGUUAAGUGUCAUCAAUGCAUGUUAUUGAAGCCUUUCUUGUAGCCAAAAUGUUGUACACCUGCCAACAGAAGACAGACUUUGUUUUAUCAUUGUACUGAGAACUAUUCUUAAAAAUUGCCAAAUAGCAUAGUUAUUUUCAGAGUAUUGUAGCUAGCCUGGGUACCUGUCUGUUUCUGCUCUCUUGCCAACUCCUUAUGGAAUUGUCAUGCCAAACAUAUUGUUUGGAGUGACAAGGAGUUGACAAGAGCGUAGAAAGUGACUGGCACCCAGGCUACGUUGUAGCGUGUUGAGAGCUGAAGCAAUGCAAGAAUGUCUCAAAAGCAAAGAUUCUAUUAUGGAACGUCCUAACCACAUGAGAAGGAAGUGUAUACUGUGUACUGGUUGAGGUUUUACCCAAUUCUAAGGUUAAUAAAGUAAUUUAAACUAA